GAGGGGGUUGCGGCGCAGAGGAGCACGGCGUCGGCGGACCCUCAGUCCGGGACCGCCACGAGCGUAGACGGGCCGCCCCGAGGGACGUCCCGGAGAGAAGAUGAUGGACAGAGCGCGGCAGCAGCAGCAGCAGCCCCAGCAGCAGCAGCGGCAGGCGUCGCCUGUGCCUGGGCCCCCGCCGCCGCUGACACCGCCGUCGCUGGCCACGGAGGAGCCGGCGCGGCCGCGCGGCGUGUACAGCAUCGACCAGAUCCUGGGCACCGUGGCGCGCGCCGACGACGCCAAGGAAGGAGCGGCCUAGAAGCUGUUCUGCUCGAUUCGCCACGUUUUUAACGACUCGAAACCAUAAAAUCACGAAGAAAACAAUGUAAGGGAAGAUACAAGAACAAAAAAAUAUCAUGUCACAUAUAUCCAUCUGUGUUUCAGUCUGUUUCUGAAUGAGAGGGAUAAUGAAAGACAUUUGUACUCGGCAAAAGAAUCAUUCCAUGCAUAUUUGUAUUCUAAUUCCUUCUUGU